CAAAGCAUCCAGGUGGCAACGCUGGAGCGACAUACCCUCAGAUAAAGUGCAUAAAUAAUUGGCAAUCUCCGUCUGUUUAAGUAAAUAAUAGUGAUAUUAGGCAAUAAGUGAGCGCAAACACAAUGGCUGAUCGGGCUAUCAAGCUGCUGGUGAUUGGGGAGAGCGGCGUGGGGAAGUCCAGUUUGAUCCGUCGCUUUGUGGAGAACAAGUUCGACGAGAACCAUGACGUCACGAUCGGCAUGGACUUCAAGAGCAAGGUGAUGAACGUGGACGGGAUCGAUUACAAGGUGGCUCUUUGGGACACGGCGGGCGCGGAAAGAUUCCGCAGUCUGACGCCCAGCUUCUACAGGAAGGCCUUGGGCGCCAUCCUGGUGUACGACAUUACGAAUAGAGACUCCCUUGUGAAGUUGGAAGCCUGGCUGGCCGAAUUGGACAGCUACAGCGACAACCCAAACAUAGCCAUCAUUGUGGUGGGAAACAAGAUAGAUCAGGAGCGACUGGUGGAUCGUGAGGAGGGCAGGAAGUUCGCAAGGAAGCAUAGGGCCCUCUUCAUCGAGACCUCGGCCAAGUGCGAUCAGUUCGUCAGCGAUGUGUUCAAGGAUGUUGUGGAGAAGAUCGUCUCCUCCGAGUACUUCAACAAUGGCAAUGGCUCCGCCGGUCUGGACAUCGCCAGCGAUCGGGAUCUGGAGGAAAGCGCUUCCACGUGUUACUGUUGAUAUCCUGAUGUUGUGCGGGCUUUUGUCAAAUUUAUAUCGUGUAUUUAUUUAAUCGUUUCAAUAUCACUAGCAUAAACUCAA